AUGGCUGCACUGAAGCCCAUGAAGAUGCCGGUGCUCCCACCUCAAAUGGGCAUCCACCCCAAACCUGGGAGCCUAGGUGGGAAUAACCCCAUCCAUGAGGAGAUGUUGAGGGACCUGGGCUUCUUUAUCCUGCUGAAGUGCAAGCAAAGGGUAGCAGACCUCAUCAUCACUACCAUAGUCUGCGACCGCCGCCUCCACACCCCCAUGUACUUCUUCCUCCUCAGUCUCUCCAUCCUCGACCUUGGCUCCAUCUCUGUCACUGUCCCCAAAUCCAUGGCCAAUUCCCUGUGGAACACCAGGGCCAUUUCCCACUUGGGAUGCGCUGCCCAAGUCUUUUGGUGUCUCUUCUUAAUUUCAGCAGAAUAUUUGCUUCUUACCAUCAUGGCGUAUAACCGCUACAUUGCCAUCUGCAGACCUCUCCACUAUGGGACCAUCAUGGACAGCAGAGCUUGUGCCAGAAUGGCAGCUGCCUGGGCCAGUGAUUUUCUCUACUCUGUGCUGCACACUGCUAACACAUUGUCAACACCACUCUGCCAAGGCAACACAAUGGACCAGUUCUUCUGUGAAGUUCCCCAGAUCCUCAAGCUCUCCUGCUCAGACUCCUACCUCAGGGAAGCUGGGGUUAUUGUGGUUAGUGCCUGUUUAGUCUUUGUGUGUUUUGUUUUCAUUGUGCUGUCCUACAUGCAGAUCUUCAGUGCUGUGCUGAGGAUCCCCUCUGAGCAGGGCCGGCACAAAGCCUUUUCCAUGUGCCUCCCACACCUGGCUGUGGUCUCCCUGUUUGUCAGCACUGACAUGUUCGUCUACCUGAAGCGCCCCUCCAUCUCCUCCCCAGCUCUGGAUCUGGUGCUCGCUUUUCUGUACUCGGUGGUGCCUCCAGCAGUGAACCCCAUCAUCUACAGCAUGAGGAACAAGGAGCUCAAGGAGGCACUGAGGAAACUGAUUCAACUGGUACUAGUUCGGUAG